AAAACAAUUUUCUGCCGAGGAGGACGUUGAUUCUACUUCUGUUUAUUAUUAAAAUUAUUAUUGAGGAUCCUCUAUAGAGAGUGUUUGUUUAUUAGAGAAAUUGCAACAAGAUUUUGAAGAUGCUCCGGAAGAGGAAGAAUAAGAGAUUCAACAUGCUCUUGUUGAAGGAGGAUGAAAUUUAUUUCCAAGACUUUUCUUGUACGUAUUACUUUGGAGCAAGUGGAAGAGAGAAAUACAAAGGAAGACUUCACUUUUGCUCACAAUCACUAGUAUUUGUACCGGAUGAUACCAGAUUUUCAAUCACAAGACACUGUUUUGAUAAAAUUGAAGGAGGAUUUAAAAAGUUUAAAGCCACAUCAAUGAAUCAUCCCUAUUUUGCCUCGUUUGCCGAUGAAAAUCUAUUCUGUUUCAAUUGUUCAGAAUUUGUAGAAAUUAGAAAAGGAAACAAGGACCAUCCAUUCAUAUUUAAAAAGCAAACUGAAACAGUUGUUAUUGGAUUAACAUUCUUAACUGCACAACAAUUUGUUGAAAAAGUUACCCCAAUCUAUCAAUUAUUCCAAAGUAAUUCUGGACUUCCAUCAGUGGAACAAAUUAAUCAAAUCUAUGAGGAUCAAAUUGCUAAAGGAUUUUCAUUUGAUGUGACUUGGCUUGAGGAUUUCAGAGAACAGACUCUGUAUGAAACUCAUGGUACCAAAGUGACACCACUCGUCGAUACACAUGGAUGCAUUCUAUUGACUAAUGAGAGGAUUUACUUUCAACCUUUCAACAAUAUUAGUACAAAACCUGUUAAAAAGUAUAAUUUGAGGGAUAUUAACAGAAUUGUGAGAAGAAGACACAACCUUCGUCAUAUUGGUAUUGAAGUUUUUAUGCAAAACAAUAAGAGUAUCUUUUUAGCAGUCAAGAAUCAAACAGAGAGAGACAAUAUUUAUAACAUUAUUCUAAAACAACCAAUCAUUUCUAACAUUUCUCUAAAUGAUCAAGGGAAUAUGACCCUCAAAUGGCAAAGUGGAUUAAUCAGCAAUUUUGAUUAUUUGCUCUAUUUGAACUUUAUUGCAGAUAGAUCAUUCAAUGAUUUGACUCAGUAUCCAGUUUUCCCUUGGGUAAUUGCUGAUUACACGAGUAAGACUCUCGAUUUGAAUAAUCCUAAUACUUUCAGAGAUUUGAGAAAGCCAAUAGGUGCACUCAAUCCAAACAGACUAGAAGGAUUCAAACAAAGAUACUACGACAUGCCAGAUCCAAAAUUCUUAUAUGGUACUCACUACUCGACACCAGGUUAUGUCUUGUAUUUCCUUCUCAGACAAGCUCCAGAGUACAUGCUCAAAUUACAAAAUGGUAGAUUUGAUGCUCCUGAUAGAGAGUUCUUCUCCAUUCAAAGCACUUAUAAUUCUGUUCUUUCUAACACUGCCGAUUUGAAAGAACUCAUUCCAGAAUUUUAUCAAUCAACAGGUAGUUUCUUGAUCAAUUCCUUAAAUCUUGAUUUGGGUGUGAGAAAUAAUGGUCAACGUGUGAAUAAUGUUAUCUUACCACCAUGGGCAAAGGAUGAACAGGAAUUUGUUUACAAAUGCAGACUAGCUCUCGAGAGUGACCAUGUCUCUCAGAAUCUCCAUCAUUGGAUUGAUUUAAUAUUUGGAUACAAACAAAUUGGUGAAGAGGCAGUUAAAGCUGACAAUCUCUUCUACUAUUUGACCUAUGAAGGUGCUAUUGAUAUUGAAAAGAUUCGAGAUCCUGUCCAAAGAAGAGGUAUUGAAAUUCAAAUCAGAGAGUUUGGUCAAACUCCAAGACAAGUUUUCAAUCAUCCACAUCCACAAAGAAAAACUGGAACCAAUCUUUCUAACAUUACUAAAUUCUCGGUGACCUCCUCAGAUGUCAUUCCUUUGGAUAUUAUUUCAGCUACCAAGGAGGUAGUUCCAAAAUCUCCAGCAAGAAGCUAUUCUUCCUCACUCUUAAUGGAAAGUUUUAGUAACACUAGUUCUAAAUCAUCAUCUCCAGUGGUUAGAAGUGUUUCUUCACCAUUUUCCCCUAUCAUUACUCCAAAAGAUGAUGACUUUGAUAUUAGUGACAUGUUAAAGACAGAUUUGAAUAGACCAAGUAGUUUUAUGCUGAGUAAGAUUUCUGAAGAGAGUUUCUCAAAUAAUGAAGAUGAAUCACUCUCAUCUUCCAUCUCGUUAGAUAGUCUUGGUGAUAACAGUCCAAGAACAAGAAAAAAGAGAUCCAAACUCAGAAAGCAAAAGAGUAUGAGUCAAGUUAGUGAAUUCAUGCCAAAAUACUCAACUUCUGAUGACAUUUCAUUUAAAGUUGACUUGCAUAGAGAUCGUAUUACUUCUGCAAUAAUAAGCAAGGACAAGUCAAGAAUUUAUACCAGUAGUGAUGACAGUACAUGCAAGGUUUAUUCUAUUGAAUCGAAACGCCAAUUGAGAAGAAUAGCAGAUAUGGGUGAUAUGGCACUCUCAUCGUGUGCUGUGAUUGAAGAUCCAAAUUCAGAACAAAAGGUUCUCAUUGCUGGUUCAUGGGAUAAUAGAGUUUAUGUCUACUCUGUUGAGUAUGGAAAGGUUUUGGAUAUUUUGGAAGGUCACGAGGAUGCUGUUUCAAAGAUUUGCAUUAGUGGAGAUAGUUUGAUAUCUAGCUCUUGGGAUUCAACAGUGAAAGUUUGGAAAUGUUCAUCAGAUUCUGUCUCAACGACGCCCCUGGCAACUUUCCAAGAACAUGAUUCUCCUGUUCACAGCUUGAAUAUUGAUACUUCUGGUAAUAUGAUUGUUUCUGGAAGUGAAGAUGGUGUCAUUAUUGUAAUAGAUGUUAGACAAAAGAAGGCCGUUGCAGAAUUCAGUGCCCACAGUGAUGUUGUUUCAGAUUUGUGUUUCUGUGGUGAAGACAGUCAAAGGUUUAUUUCAUGUUCAAAGGAUGGUUCCAUCAAAUUAUUUGACAUUUCUGGAUCUGAAAUUGCCCAAUUUAAUCACUCGAGUGUUAAUCAAGCUUGGAGAUGUUUAAGCACAGAUGGUUUUGAAUUAUUAUCUGGUGGAGAGGAUGGUAAAUUGUACAAGUGGAAUGUGGCUGAUGGAUCUCUUGCCUCUUCUCUAACUGCACAUGCAAGUCCAAUGACAACUAUUGGAGUGAGUGAUGAUGGAGAAAGUGUUGUGACUGGCAGUAAGGGAGGCGAAGUAAUUUAUUGGGAUAAGUAACAACACCACUACUUGAAAAUCUCACAUAUUAAAUUGUUUCUAACUA